GGCUAUUCCUGGUUGAGGUACCAGAUUGAGCUCAGCCUCAACACCUACCUUGAAAAUCAGUCUUUGUGCUACGGCGGUCCUGAUCUUAUACAGCUGCGCAGUUGGUAUACAAAUAUACGACCAUGCCAUUGUAAUCAUGUUAUACUCAGGCUUUUUUUUCUUUCUGUCUGUCAACAAUUCACUAUGCGUUUCUCUAUCGUUGCCUCCGCUUUGGCUCUUGCUUCAGUUGCGUCCGUCUUGGCUCAAGAUGUUAGUCCCGACAUCUCUACCUUUGAGCUUGCCGACCACUUCGAUGAUGUCGCAACGUUGCAAGGCCAAAACCUGACCCCUACCGAUGACCAUAACGACGCAACCACCAGCAAAACCUGUGGUUCCACCUGGUAUUUGACCAGAUGCCACUACUACUGCCCCUGCGGAUGGUACUACUACUAUUCUGGUUCAAAGAAGUGCAAUGGUCUUUGCUACGAUAACAACAGAAAGGGAUGCAAAGGUACCUGUCCCAAAGGCACUCACACCUACUGUGGCACCUGCAGCAAAAAAUAAAAGCCAACCGUACCUCAAAACUUUUCUAUGAUGACUGGUUAUGUAUAUUUUCCUCAGCCGUAUGGUAUGCCUCAGUUUCUUUUAUUAUAAAAAAAAGAAGAUAUGAUACAAUAAAUAAAAUUCUUAUGGGCUUUGAUAUUCACUUUGCUAAGCAUCCAACUGGCUUGCUCUCCCUUUGCUCACUGCGUGCACACCAACGAUGGGUGCCACCUGAUUUGGAAAGUUGUACGAAAUGGCGGAAACGCACACUGAGAAGGAACGAAAAUGGCAGGAAGCGACGAGUGAAAGGCAGUCCAUUGAAUUAGGAUGAAAAUGACAUCAAAUGUAAAAUAAACAUUAUGAAAUUAACGUUGGAUGAAGCGAA